UGCAUCUAUGUGUGUAUUUGUCCGCCACGGCCUCCCUUGCUCGGCCCUGGCUGGGAAGUAAAGAGGCGGGGAGGGAAUGGUGUAGCGGGCAGGACGCUGUGAUACCACCCCACGGGAAUGUGAAACUGUAGGACCGACAUCACCCACCGUCUGCUUGCCUUGAUACUUUUUUGACCUGGUUUCUCAUGGAAGCCGAUGGAUUUGUAAGGAGGCGUCGGAUGACAGCGGAGACUACAGGCAGUGAUCCCGGGGUUGCUGGUGCAUCUGCCGGGUCAGAAGUUCGAUGGCUGGGGGGCAGAUUCUGGGGAGUUUCGGAAAGUAUCGUGGGCAGCCUGACACCCCGGAUCGGAGGGGAAACGGAGCUACAGACUGUUGAUUUCAUCCGUAGCGCACAAGACGCACAAACAGAGGACACUGAGCCAGACUAUGAGGGUCUGCCGCAGGGAGCCUCCACCAGCACCCACAUGUUGGCUGGAGCCGUGGCCGGGAUCAUGGAGCAUUGCAUCAUGUUCCCCAUCGACUGUGUCAAGACACGCAUGCAGAGCCUCCAGCCCGACCCCGCAGCCCGCUACAGGAACGUGAUGGAUGCUCUUCGCCGAAUUGUUGCCACAGAGGGAGUCUGGCGACCAAUGAGGGGGCUGAAUGCAACCGCAGUUGGGGCAGGACCUGCUCAUGCCCUCUAUUUUGCCAGCUAUGAGAAACUCAAAAAGACUCUAAGUGAUGUCAUUCACCCAGGGGCUAACAGUCAUUUGGCUAAUGGAACAGCUGGGUGUGUGGCCACACUGCUUCACGAUGCAGUCAUGAACCCAACUGAAGUUGUGAAGCAGCGCAUGCAGAUGUAUAAUUCGCCUUACCGAGGCGUGAUGGACUGUGUACGUGCUGUGUGGCAGAAAGAGGGCCCUGCUGCGUUCUACCGCAGCUACACCACCCAGCUCACCAUGAACGUGCCCUUCCAGGCGCUCCACUUCAUGACUUAUGAAUAUCUUCAGGAGCUGCUCAACCCCCACAGACAAUACAAUCCCUCAUCCCACAUGUUGUCCGGAGCUUUGGCUGGUGCCAUCGCGGCUUCGACCACCACACCUCUGGACGUCUGCAAGACCCUGCUCAACACCCAGGAGUCUCUAGCCCUCAGCUCCCUGUCUUCCGGCCAAGGCCCCGGCCAGAGCCAAGGAGCCCACAGACACAUCUCAGGCCUGGCCCACGCCUUCAGGACUGUUUACAGGCUGGGCGGCCUGAAGGGCUUCUUCAAGGGAGUCCAGGCGAGGAUCAUCUACCAGAUGCCCUCCACAGCCAUCAGCUGGUCGGUCUAUGAGUUCUUCAAGUAUGGACUCACCAAGCACCAGCACAAUAAGAGGAGAACGCAGCACAUGGAGGCUGAGAUCUAAAUUUCUCCCUGGUUCAUGCUCCUCUAAUAUUUGUUCUGUCCUCCCUGUGAGGAGAAGAUGAAGUCAAUACGCACAUAGAAUCUGACUAAAAUUCACCUCAGUUGUCCUAUGCUUUUCAGACAUAGCAGAUAAGAAAGACCCCUUCAAAGACUGCUUGACUAGUUACAUUGCUGCCAAGAUAAUUCAAGACUAAGUGUGGUUUGAGAUUUGUUGUUUCUCCCCCCUAGAAUAAAACAUUUACACAGUAUUAUAGAAGUAGUUAAUCUUUUAAGAUUUAUACUUUCAAGCUAUUCUAGUGACCACUACGUUUGGCCAAAGCUGAGGAUAAAUGUCAAGAACGCACAUGUUUUUAGUUGGAAAGGUAGUCAGCAGAGGGCAGUAGUGUUACUUUGUUCAUUCUCUUGUAGAUUCAUAGGCUUUGCUGUAUAGGUCCAGUGUGUCCCAGCCCCCUCCCCCCUCCCCAUCCAUCCAUCCAUCCAAGCCUUGAGUUUGCAAAAAUAAUUAAACUAUGUCCUGAUCAGGACCCCUCUCUGGAUUAAUCAUUAAACACUUUUAAAAAUAUAAUCCAAGACAAUUUAAUUUACUAGUUUUGGCAGGCAUUCCCUCUUUUAUGAAAUGUAUCUUCGAUUUGAUCCAAGGAAAAAAUAUUUAAGCCAUUUAGAAUCAAAAGCAAAUUGACCCUGACUGACAACAUGUUGUUGCUGACAUGGAUCAGUUUCCUGAUACCUCUUUUGAGGUGCAAUGAAACCCUUUUAACAUGGUAAAAGAUAACACCAUAUUUUAUGUCUUGAUUACUUGAACUGUGUCAUUUGAAAUGUAGUUCAGUAGUUUUUGAUGAUUUCAAUGAUUACCUAAAAAGAUUAUCGACCAGAUGUGGGGUUCCCUUUUUUCUUUUGCUAAUGGCAGUAAAGGGAAUAAUUAUCAUAUUUGUCUCCCUUUCAAAAGUCCAAGAUUGUUCCUUUUAUAAUAUAUUUGGGCAGAAAAUACAAAUAUUCAGUACCUCUGGGGUAUCAAAUGAGUGUUUAAUUUAUUUUUAAUGAUUUUGAUUUCUUAAAUUGUAUUUUAUUUCCAGCAAAUACAUUGCUUUAAACUUUCCUUUUAGUUCACCCCACCCCCCCACCCAUUUAUGGUUUAAUCCACCCUUGGAUCAUCCAAAUACACACCAUUAAUGCCUUGUGUAAAUGUUUGGCAGAACAAACCAGGGCGGCAUUAAAACAGCCAUUUCUGUGCAUUAACUGAAGCUAUCAGCUUGUUUUCAGCUUGUGAACUACUGACUUUCAAUAUCUGUGCUUGGCAGCAAAGGUUGUCUUCAUUGUACUGUGCCCAAAAAGAGUUCAGUAUACCACGAGAUAUGUACAUGUACCCCCUUUGAGUACACAUAAAUGGAAGCUGUCAUUCUUAUUGAUUGAUGUCUGAUUGUUUCUGACACUGAAUUGCACUCGUUGAAUAAAGACUGAGCAGUGGGGCUCUACUCACUGCUCAUAAAUGAUGGGA